AUGAAAUUGAUGAAAGGUGAACAAAAUUCAAAGAAAAAGAUAUCUUUAAUAUCAAAUGACUCAUCUUCAGAUAUUAGUUUUUGUCACAUGGGGAAUUUAUUAACUUAUAAAGAUAAUGUAAUAAAAGAUCAAUAUAAGAAUAGUUUAGAAUAUUUACCAAAUAUAGAUCCUAUGACAUCAAAAAGUUCUUCAAAUUCCUUUCUCUCUACAUCUUCUAGAAGAGUAUCAUCUUCACUAUUUUCAUUGAAAAAAAAUGUUAGAACUAUAAAAAAUAAACAAUCACAAUUACCAAUAUCAGUUGAAGAGAUUCAAGACAUAAAUUACAAUAAUUUGAUUAACGGUAAUGUAAGAAUUUCUCAAUUGCCUUGUAUAUCUUCUAUUGGGGAGGUUAGUCCACUAUUUAAGAUAAAUCUUUCUCGGGAUUCGACUUCAGAUAAUCAAGAUAUAAAUCAUAAUAACGAUGAAAGAAAACUCACGAGGAAAGAAGCAAAAUCUGAAACAAUUUUAGAUGAUGAGAUUGAAGUACCAGGAUUAAUACCUUUCAAAAAUUCAGGUUUAAUAUCUUCUCAGAAAACUGAACAAUAUCGAGUAUUACCUACUAAUAAUAAUAUUAUUCAAACUGAGAUUGAUUUAAGCACAAAACAUUUUUCUGAACCAAAACCAAUUUAUAAUAAUGAUUUGACAAAAGUUGUUAAGUUUAAUGACAGUGGUGCAUAUCCUAUAAAACAGGAAACAAAUAUAAAUAAGAAUUGGGAAAUUCCAAGACAUAUGGAUUCGAUACAGUAUAAAUUGCCCGUUCCAUCUACAGAUUUGGGUUCAAAUGAACUAAUACAGAACAAUAACUUAAUUACUGAUAGUCCGAAAAAUGAUAUUAUUUCUAACCAUACAUCUAUUUCAGAUACUCCCAUUCCUAACAUAGACUUUACAGAUGAAGAAUAUGAUGAUAAAACUAAUUAUAAUGAUAAUAAUAUUGAACGAUCUUCCACAGAGGCAAACGAGGAGUACGUUGUCAAUAAACCAAAGGAAAAUAAAAACUACACGUAUUUAAACAAACUGAUAACAAACAUUGAUGAAAUUUUGGAAAGAAAUAUAAGUACAACUGAUUUACAAAGUAGAAGUAUUUCUCCAUUAUCAAUCAUUAAUUGUUACACAGAGCGUAAUUCUUCGAAUGAUGGGAGCAAAGAAGCAAAAGAUAGUAAGAAGGAUGUUUCACAGUAUGAAGAGUGUAGGAAUAACUGUCAAAAAUUAUCGAAGGAGAAAGAUAUUCUUUUAGAAAGAAACUUUUUCUUAGCCCAACAAUUAGAGAGUAUUUCAAGUAAAAUUUUAGAAAAUCUACAUGAUAAUAAAUAUAACUUUCAAAAUAGUAAACUUAUCAUUGAAACGAUUAAUUUGAAAAAAAAAGUGGCUUCUAUGAGUAAAGAAAACAUCGAAUUGAAAGCGUUAUUGAAAUCAUAUGAGGAGAGUCAAUGA